UCAGUGGUUUGAUAUGUUAACUGAUUUGCAUUGUCAACUCGUCCUUUUUGAUUUACAAUUGUUCAGCUCAGCAGUCAAACAAUAUGCAGUGAAUGAUAGUUAGUAGUGAGCCAAUAGAACGGCGCAGAUGCGUUCCGGGAGACAUCGGCUCUUAACGUUCACCUAAAAGAGGAGGCACAAACAAGCGGCUCAUUCGCGAGCGACACACCGUUCUUCCUGACGAAACGUCAUCGUUGCCGGCUUGAGAGCAGCGCGAUGUCUUCUCUUGAGACUCUGGUGGAGAGCUGACACACCUGAACGUACAUAGUGAAAGUUAUAUUCACCUCUGAGCGAUAAAGGGCCAGCGAGAGGCUAAAUCGGUUUCCUGAAGCGCAGGAAAUAUGUUCCCGCGAGACUUCGCCUGGGGAGCGGCAACCUCUGCGUACCAAAUAGAAGGUGGAUGGCAGGCUGAUGGGAAGGGACCGAGCAUUUGGGACACAUUUUGCCAUGAGAAACGAGGAGUUCAUGGAGGUCAAAAUGGAGAUGUGUCCUGUAACAGCUAUGAGCUGUGGGAGAAAGACCUGGAGUGUAUCCAGCAGCUUGGACUGACGCACUACCGCCUGUCUCUGUCUUGGGCCCGCCUCCUGCCUGAUGGGACGACCCGGAACGUCAACCGGAGAGGUGUACAGUACUAUAACAGAGUGAUUGACGACUUGCUGGCUUGUAACGUAUCACCAAUGGUCACUCUUUACCACUUUGACCUCCCCCAAGCAAUCCAAGACCUAGGAGGCUGGAAGUCCCCUGGUGUAGCAACUCUCUUUGACAGCUACGCCAAGUUUUGCUUCCAGACGUUCGGGGAUCGCGUCAAACUCUGGAUCACUAUAAAUGAGCCGCACGUGUGCGCCAAACUAGGCCACGAAGACGGCAUCCACGCCCCAGGGUUGAAAGAAAAAGGCACCGCUGCCUACCUGGUGGGACAUAACAUGCUGCGAGCUCACGCCUCGGCCUGGCACAGCUACGACUCUGCGUACAGAGCGACGCAGAAGGGUGCGGUGUCUCUGGCCCUCAACAGCGACUGGCUCGAGCCUCUAGACCCAGGCUGCCGGGAGGACGUCGAGUCCGCUGAACGUGACCUCGCCUUCACCCUGGGUUGGUUUGCGUGGCCGGUGUUUGUCACGGGAGACUAUCCAGAAAUCAUGAGAUCCGCCGUAGAAACUCAGUCCAAGGCGUUGGGAUACAGAGGCGACUUCAGACUCCCCACGUUCUCAAAGGAUGACCCUCCCAUUUUAGGAACGGCUGACUUCUUUGCACUAAACAACUACACAUCCCGGAAGGUCAAAUCGGGAGGGUGUGGCGAGCAGACGUUGAGUAUGAAGAGGGACUUGGAUGCAGAAGAGCUUUUAGAUCCAUCCUGGCCCAUUUGCGGAGUGUCAUGGCUGGCUGUUGUCCCGCAUGGCUUAAGGAAACUUCUUAAAUAUAUAAAGGAUGUCUUCAAUAACCCAGCGAUCUACAUCACGGAGAACGGCUUUGCUCAGGUUGGCCCACUGCAAACUGAGGAUGUGGAACGAUGCAACUUUUACAAAAGCACCAUCUUGGAAGUGGCUAAAGCUAUAGAAGAGGACGGCGUCGACGUCCGUGGCUAUUUUGCUUGGUCACUGAUGGACAACUUUGAAUGGGCUGAUGGAUUCAGCGUUCGUUUUGGCCUCUUCCACGUGGACUUCUCCGACGCCGAGCUGCGCCGAACCAUCUAUCGGUCUGGGAGGGAAUACGCAAAGAUCAUCUCAGAGUACAAGUCUCGUCGACUCACAUGAGGAGGAGUUGGCAAGGUGGAUGUCGGGGAUUCUUCAGUGACGACCAUUGAUGGAAACAAGAGGAGGGCGAUUCAGAAAUAUAAGAAACCUUUUAUGAGGUCUUAAGGUCUAAGAAGUAAAACAUCCAUUGCCAAUUAUGGUAUAUCAUCUGGAUGUUAAAUUAGGAAAAGGCUAUCAAUCAAUAAAAUAAGUACAAUAAAACAAUAAAUCAGUGUAAAAAAGGACUUUUGAGACAAUAUUUAAACCACUGUGCAGUCCGCCAUUUGAAAAUUGAGUGGUAGGGUUGUUCCAGACAAACAGAUUAAAACCAGCUAACGUCACCUCAAAAUAGUUGGAGGAUAAACAAAAAGAUGGAUCGCAGCACAGUGUAGCUAAAGCGGUGCCGAUCGUCCAUCUCCUCAAGUAAGCGAGACAAAAACUGAGCUCUUUAGCCAAAUUAACAACACAAAUGUUUUGAGGAGUCCACAUUCAGUUUUACCUCAAAUCAACAGCUUGCUGGUUUAAACAAUUACGCGACUGGAGAUUUCCACAGGACAAUGACCCCUCAAACGUGUUUCACAGUGGAUAAAGCAGGUUUAUAGGCUUGAGUAAAGGCCCCGACACCUCUAUUGGAAAUGUACUGGUUAUGCUGAAAAGUGGGCUGUGUGACUAGAAAUCCACAGGUUAAAACAAGCUUCAUCAUUUGUGUCAGGAAGAGCGACCAAAUGCCACCCAGAGUUAUGUCAGAAACCUGUUGGCUGCCAUAAAGAGCGUGUGGUGUCACUGAGCCAGAUAUUAGUGAGGGUGCGGGCAUUUAUAAGUAUUUGAGCCUGUAUGUGUAAUUUUUAACUAGCUUUGAUUAAAGAAAAUUACUAAUAGGAUAAAACCUGUGCAGAGAUUUUAGGUUUUAAAAAACAAUAUAGGAAAAAUCCAGAAAAACAAUGCUUAGAACAAAUCACAAAAAUCCCCAGAUAAGGGUAUAAUAACUUUCUAUAAGUAAUACACACAUACUCGCUUUCUCCCACACAUU